AUGAAACAUAAUAAAAAAGGCUUAAAAAAAGAAAAAAAACAAAACAUUGAUACUGAUGAAAGAGAAACCCUUUGGACACUAGCCGAUCAGAAUUCAUCAAGAAACACCGAGAUGCCAUGGCAAAUCGAUGAAUACAUCUGCAUUGGUCGUCUCCCUUACAACUAUGUAUUACAGCAGGGAAACGGAUCCAUCCAAACCAAAGUCAAUGAAGUCUUCCCAGUUGGAGUCAUACUUGCCAUCAAGGAGCCCUAUUUCAAGGUUACUGUUGCUGGUAACUUGGCAGUUCGUAUUGAUGAUCAUCCCCAUCCCGAGAAUCAAAUGUGGAAAGAUUCUCUCUUUUCAAAGUUACCAAAGGAUAUUGAAGGAUGGCGUACCAGAGGAAACGAUUACUAUACCAAAGGAAACUAUGAAUGUGCUCUUGGUUGUUAUAAUUCUGCUCUCCAACUCGACCAACAACAUGCCAUUAUGUUGCUCAACAAACUUGCAGCAAUAUUGGCACUUAAGAGAUACCACGAAUGUAUUCCGCUUGGUCAUGUACUCUUGUCAAAGUUACCCAAAGAACCAAAGGUCUAUGCAAGAAUGCAAGUUGCAAUGGAGAAAGAAUUUGCUGGAAAGUCUUUGAAGGAUGUCAUUGCCAUUGGUAUCGAUCCCAACACGUGCUCAAUUACUGUCGUUAACAAUCACGAUGACAAGGUUCUGGACAUGAGAAUGGAUACUCUUAUGGUUAAAAGAAACACCAAGUUUCUUUUAGAGAAAAUCUCUUGUCAUAUGGGAAAGGCCAUCAAAAGUUUUGAAUCCUGUUUACCAUCUCUCAAGUUCAAUGUCCUUAACCCUCAAACAUUCCAAUCUAGGCUGGACUAUUAUGAAAAGUAUUGUGAUUAUUUCGAUAUCUAUUUCGAAGCCAUCAAUGAUCCAAUCGUACUAUCUUGGAAGAGGAACUUUGCUUUCAAAAAGCAAAAGUUGAACAAAGAGUUUUACCAACAAUUUGACAACUACAUUCUUGAUCUCUUUAAAGAUCAUUUCCCAACCAAGUAUGCAAGUAUGAACGAUUCUGAAAGGAAUCAGUACAUUCAAGACAAUACAAUCAUAUUUUUUGGAAAUGCCAAAUUUGGACACAACACUCGUGGCAAGGUAACAACAUUUGCAGCCAAGACUGUUGCCAACAAGUUAAAGUCCAAACAAUAUUCCGUUGUCUAUAUUAAUGAAUACAACACGUCAAGACUUGGUAAAGAAAAGGAUGGAGGCCAACCGACCAAUGUCCAACAGUGCUCACCUAUCAGCGAAGCAUGUCAAUCCGCUGCUAAAGGUAAUAGUUUCCUUCGAUGCAGUGACCACCGGCAUCGUUUAGCACUCGUCAAGCAAGACACACUUUCAAAAGAAUACAAAGAGUCGUUGGGGUUCCUCAAAUCCAUCGAUGAUUUGGACAAGAAACUCCAAUCACACAAUCUUUUGAAUGUGGCAGGUCAAUGUCGAACAAGGAAGGUGACACCGUCAGAUGUUGCCGGUUCGGAGACUGAAUCGCGUCAGGACUCUCAAAAAGUUGCCUCGACCCAAUCGUCUUCGUCAUCAACAAAAAAGUUCGACUAUCGACACGGACAGAAUAAAUAUGGUCCAGAGAUUAGAAAAUCAAUCAUGAUGAGUACACAGAGAUAUAAAGUAAAUAAAAGAAUAUCAGUAUCAUAUGAAUCAUCAUCAUCAACAAUAUUAGCAACAACAAUAGAAAAUGAUCAAAUAACGAGUUCAAAUAAUAGUAGUUGCAUUUCUUCAACUUCAAAUACUACACGCACAACACCUCUAUCAAUGUCAUCUUUAUUGAUGCUACCCCAAAUGUCUCCCUUUAUUCUUGGGUACGCUCUCGAGGAUAUGGAUUCAUUAGAUGAGAUUGCUACAAUCCCCUCUUCCACUUCAUUCCCGUUACAUCCUUUUGUAGACUAUUCAUCUUUUUCUUUUUUGGCUUUAUAUUUUAAUCAAAAUAACAAUAAUCAAAAUGAUAAUAAUAAUAAUAUUGAUUCAUCAUUAAAUUUAUCAAAAUCUUUGGUUAAUCUUUACAAUAGAUUACAAUCCAACAACGUAUUGGAUAUUACAAUGGAACAAUUGGUUUGGAUAAUUUACUUGGUAUUGGAUUAUUAUCACAAGACAUUUGCAAAGUCGACACCAAAAAUGACAACACCCCAUGUUGAUGUAUUAUCGAGUUUUAUUCCAUUACAUACACCAUAUUCUGAAAUGGGUGGAGACGAGACGAUACUCAAUGCUAUCCAAUCAAUGUCGUCGGAUGAACAACGAGAAGAGUCAUAUAAUGAUUGUAUGAAAAUAUUUACCAAAAGAUAUAAAUCUUUAGAUCAAUUGGUUCAAUGGACAGUCAAAGAAUUCAUUGGCAAUGAUAUUGCUUUGCCAAUAUUUAAAAAUUUAUUUGCAAUGACCUUUAGAGUAUAUAAUCUGGUAAAGGUUGCGGCUAUGGUUCCUAUUAGUAUUGGCCCCAACAUUACAUUUAAUGGAUUCUUGCCAAUUCCUCAUCAUCUUCUUCACACAAUUGUUCAUUAUUCAUCAAAAACUAAAAAUAAUAAUAAUAAUAAUAAUAAUAAUUUACAACAAAAUCUAUUUAAAGUUGCAAUUGAAAAUCAACACAAUGAAAACAAAAACAAUGUAGAGAUGGUAGCAUCCCUUAAAAGAAAAAUUUACAAGGAUUCACCAAUCUAUUUAGAUUCAAUUGAAAUAAUGACUUUAAAAGAAUACAACGCAUCAAUACUCAACAAUGGACAAAAAAUAGCUACCGAUUCCUCCUCUUUUAUUGGUGGUACCACCGACCAAGAUGAAUAUAGUUUUGAAUUAAUUUCAAAUGAAGACUUGCUACUCUUUUAUGGUUACACUUUGGACGACUAUGAUAAUAUCUCAUUUAAUAUCGAUGCGUUCAAACCACAAUCUCAACUAAUGUCAGAAUACAAUGGUGACGAAUUGGAAAGAGAAAUUAAAUUAAUGAAUGCCAAGUUGAAGAUUCUAAAAGAGAUUGGAGUUUACAAACAAGAAGAAAAGGACCAAGACAAUUCCUCUGACAAACAAAAAAACCAAGACCAAUCCCCUCACAACAACUCAUUCUCGUAUUUGGAUAUCAAAACAGGCAACUAUAGAGAUAUAUUGACCAGAGAUAAACAACUUGGAAUUAAUUUAUUAGAAGUAACAAGAAUCUCAAAGCUUCGAGAGAUGGAAAGUUAUUUUUAUGAAAAGGGGCAGUGCCAUACCUUGAUUUGUAAUCGAAAUGAAUUAGAGACUUUGGUUUACCUCUCGAGGCACUUGGGCACUGUUCAACGUAAUAUUACAACAAAGAUUAGCAUUAUCAACAAAGCAAUAUCCGACACACCUUCCUAUUCCCUUAGUUCAUCCAAUACCCAAGGUUCUCCAUCCAUACUAUUGACUGAAAUGGAGAAAUACUAUAAAAACCACCAAUCAAUCAUAGAGCACUCUCUUCAGUUUAUUUCAACAUUGAAAACCCAACAUUGUAGAAAUGCCUGUAAACAAGUAUCGUUUGUCAAACCAACAGAUGUUGUUUAUAGGAAAUUUGAAAAAUGGCUCACUGAUGGAGGUGUUCAUUUCCCAAAGUUACAAAUAGCAAAUUUUAAUGAUUCAACAGGUAGAGGCGUGGUAACAACAAAAAAAGUUGAAGAAAACGAAUGUGUAGUUUCAGUACCAAGAAAAUUUUUAAUCAACGUAGAUUGUGCAAGAAAACAUCCAGUCUUGAACAGUAUACUUUUCGAAGAGGCAACUGGAUUAAAUGACGAUACUAUUCUUUUCCUUUUUGUUAUUUAUGAAAAAGAAAAUCCAAACUCUUUUUGGAGACCAUUUUUUGAUACUCUACCUUCUUACUUUCCUACUUCAAUUCAUUAUACUACAACUGAACUAUUAGAAUUGGAAGGAACAAAUUUAUUUGAAGAAACAAUUCAAAUUAAAGAACAUUUGGAAUCAAUUAGAGAAUUAUUAUUCCCAGAAUUAUCAAAUCAAUAUCCAGAUGUAUUUCCAGAAUCAUUAUUUACAAUGGAAAACUUUUUAUGGGCUAGAUCAUUAUUUGAUAGCAGGGCAAUACAAUUAAAAAUAGAUGGAAGAAUCGUAAAUUGUUUGGUACCAAUGGCCGAUAUGAUAAAUCAUCAUGACCAAGCUCAAAUAUCACAACGAUACUUUGACCAAGAAAACGAUUGCUUUAGAAUGAUUUCAUGUUGCAACAUCCCAGCCACAUCUCAAAUAUUUCUUCAGUAUGGAGCGCUACAAAGUUGGGAAUUGGCAUUGUACUAUGGGUUUGUAAUAUCAAACAACCACUAUGACAGUGUUCAUAUCGGUUUUGAUAUGCCAGAGGAAGACACCCCCGAACUGAGGGAAGAGAAACAAAAGCUACUUGACAGACACUUGCUGACAGUCGAUCACCACUACCUCCAUCGAUCCAAUAUACCAAGCAAACUAUUGGCAUCCCUCCGAGUUGCCCUGCUAGCAGAGGAUGAAUUCAAUCCCCACGUAGAUGUUUGGAAUCCUAUUUCUAGAAGUAACGAAGAAGUAGUAUUAUAUACUCUCUAUAGCACAGUGUUGAUGCUCCUCAAACAAUUUUCCUCAACUUGCGAUGAAGACCAACAACUUUUGGAACAACUAAUGACAAUUACAAAAUCGAUAAAAGAAAAAAAAAAAGAACAAGAGCAAGGCGGAAAUGAAGAUGAAGAGGAAGAAGAAGAGGAAGAAGAAGAAGAAGAGGAAGACAAUCAAACCGAUGAAGAAUCAACUGAGCAAAUGAAAAUAGUAUUACAGUAUAGAAUAGAACAAAAACAAAUUUUGGUUUCCACUUUGGAAAGUAUCAUCACCUCUAUGAAAGAAAUUGGAAUGGAAAUACCUCAAUCACCAUCAUCCUAUGAUCAAGAUGAAGAUCAAGAUGACGAUGACUAUGAUAGUUUUGAAAAUGAUAGUAGUAGUAGUGAUGAAAAUGAUGAUAACAAUAAUAAAUAA